AUGCCUAGAACUCUGCUUCUACUAUCUCUUACUUUGGUAGUCGAGUCGAUUAACGAUUUGGCAUGGUAUUCACCUGUAACGAGAUCUGUUCCAAUCGAUCUACAACCACUUUCUGCUAAGGCUGAUCUGUGUUCACUUCCACCAGAUAUAGGAGGAUGUUCCAAGGAAUUAAUAAGAUAUUAUUAUGAUUCCACUGCGGAUGAGUGUAAAAGAUUUAUAUUUUCAGGAUGCGGAGGAAACUCCAACCGAUUCAUGCGAAGAACUCACUGCAGAAGUCGAUGUCUUCAGAAGAAAGCUAACACCGAUAACUUUUUGAAGGAAUCCAAACAUAGAAGGACACUCACGACCACCGUGACUCCUAGCACAGUACAGACAAACCCCACAACCACAACAGUGGCAGCUACUACUCUAGCAGCAGUUACUAGGCCUGUUCAGAAGAUUAACAAAACUAAAAUUACUCCUUCAAUUAGAGAAUGUCCUCACUGUGAUCCAAUCUAUGGAGUGUGUGUUGAUGGAGACUGUGGUUGUAUUCCUGGAUUCAAAAAACUUGGAAGGAUUUGUAUUGAUAUUAAUGAAUGUGCUUCUGAGAACAUCUGUCCAUUCAAUUCAAGAUGUGUCAAUACCAUUGGAUCGUAUCGAUGUGAUUGUGAUUCUGGGUUCACGAAAAACGGUGAAUGUCUGGUCACAAAAGAUGCUUGUACCGAUGUCUUUGACAUCAAUUUGACCGAAGAAGAUUGUAAUAAUGGAGAGCAACUUAUUAGGUACUACUUCGAUCAUGAUUCACUCAGAUGCAAGCAAUUCUUCUACGGUGGAUGUAAAUCAACAAGCAGAAACAUCUUUUCUGAUGUUCAGACUUGUGAUGAGCUUUGUGCGAGCAUUCCUCGUGAAGAGCUGAAAAUUGUGUCAUUUGGAGAUUUGGCUGAACAGAAAGAAAUUGUAAAUGAAAUUCCAAUGAAAUUGAAUUUGGACAUCAAAAGCGAUACUGAAACAACAACAGUACCAAUAGAAAUACAACAACAAGAAGUUGAUAAAAUAGAAAAAAUCAUGAAAGACAUAACUCCUAAUGAAAAUGUCUGUCUGCGUGAUUUUGAUGAAGUCCUUCGUCUCGAGUGUGUAACUGCUGAUUGGAACGAGAAGUUCUUCUGGAAUUAUGAAAUGAGGGAAUGUGAACCCUUUUGGUAUGAUAUAUCCUGUGAUCUCAGAGAUAAAGCUGGGAAGAACUUUUUCGAAUCUCUUGAAACGUGUCAAAAGACAUGUCAUGAAGAAACUGAGACUGUUCAUGUAGUCGAACCAAGCAAGAAAGUAAUCGAAUUCCCACCUUUUCACCCAUCAAUCGAAAAUCCACAAGUCGAAGAACAUCCUCUGACAAGACUGUCUUAUGCUCAGAAAGAUACCAGUGUCGCAGAUGAAACAACGGUUACGACUACUAAUUACAUCGACUCAACUUCAGUACCGUUGGAGCAGAAAUUCGGAGACGUUUCUGAAGAGACUUUCCAUUUGCAACAUCGUCUUCAAUAUCCUCUACCAUCAGAAGAAAGUCAAACUUUAGCGACUGACGAAAUGGAAGAGUAUGAUAGUGAAGAGGUGACGAAACCCCCGAUAUAUCGACAUCCUCUAGAAGACAUCCCCAUAGAAGAAGAUGUUCCUCCAAAACCAUCCAGAAAAUUGAAAAAGAAAGUGAAAUUACCAAUCUCCGGAAAUAUUGUUAGUAUGACAACAUCAACCAAAUUCCCAGAAUAUUUUGCAACGGAAGCUGUAACAACCCAACCUAUCGAACUAACAACGGCUGAACUUUUACCGGAAACAACGCCAUUCAUCAAGAUCAUAACGCUUCCAACUACAGUACGACUAGCACCUGGUCCGCGUAUGGAUCCAAGUUCUUUAGUAACAAAAUCAGCUCCUUUAUCGAAGUUCGACAGACAACAGUAUAUGUUGGAGUUUAAGAAGAAACUUAUGGCUCUGCCUGAUGAUGCAGCAACGUCGAUGAGUGAACCUCAAUUCGUUUUAAAAUCAGCGUCUUCAAAACCUAAAAGACCCUUGUUCACUCUACCUCCAUCAGUAUUUGAAGAGCCAACAACCGCAUUACCAACACCAGCAGUUACUCAUCGCCAUCGAUUGCAUCACCACCGUGAUUCUAAUGAUAUUUUAUCGACACAAAGAGACUUACCUACUACAGUAGAACCUGAUUUUGUUUCUAAAGAAAAAACAAAGGUAGAAACAACAUUGAAAGAGCUCAAACAGAUGAAUGAUUUAUGUGAAGAACCUCUCCAUCCUCGCUUGGAAGAAGAUUGCAGUAAUGAGAACUGGGUUAUUCGAUGGUAUUUCAAUACAGAUAGAGGAACAUGCAAAUCCUUCUGGUAUGGUGGAUGUGAUUCUGAAGCAAGGAAUUUCUUCCCAACUAUCUAUUCUUGUAAGACUGCUUGCGCUCAUAAGUACCCGGUCGGAGAACAGAAGCCCAACUAUGUUGUUCCAGCAGUCAACGGUCACACUACGACCGAAUCUAGUCCAACUUCAAACUUAGGUGAUGUUGUCGAAAUUCCAAAAGUUAUCGAAGAAAAAUCCACAGAACAUGUAGAGCCAUUGCAAAAGAAUGAAAGAGAAGCUGAAACUGGAGAAGUUGAAUUGAACACGCAAGAAGAAUCUGCACCUGCUAGAAAACUAGCUGAAGAUCCCUGUGAUGAUGGAUAUGAUGAAAAAUGGGAUGAAGACUGUGCAAACGAUGACUGGCAAGUUCGUUCUUACUAUGACCAAGCAAAGAAAGGAUGUAAAAAAUUCUGGUGGGGAGGAUGUCUGACUGGAAAUCGAAACUUGUGGAAGAACCAACAGGAUUGCGAGAAGCAUUGUGGUCAUAAGACGGAUGAGGAAAAGAGUGAGCCAGAAGCACCAAUGGAGGAUAUCGAUACGAUGCCUACCUUGGAAGUAACAUCGAAUGCUGGAACAACUGAAGAAUCAGUUUUAGCUAAACAAGCUUUUCAAGCAGAUCUUAGUCGAAAACUGGCCGUUAUCAAACGAACCGAAGAAGGACGGAAAGACCUCGCUUAUAGUAAGGCCGUUGAUCAUCCAGUGACGAUAGCUUCGGAAUGUUUGGAUCCCUUCGAUAAGGCUUUAGAGAAAACUUGCUCUGGGGGUUUGAGAUGGAAAAACAGAUACUACUAUGAUCCGGAUAGCCGAGAAUGCAAAAUGUUUUGGAAUGAUGGAUGCUUCAGUACUUCACGAAACAAUUUCGAAGAUAUUGAAAGUUGUUUAUGGAAAUGUGUUGGAAAGCAUCCAGAGGCUUCCGGAAGAGGUUGUCUUGAGAAGUUUGAUGAAGUUUAUCUGGGAGAUUGUCGACACGGUGAAUUCUCAACAAGAUUCUACUUUGACCAUCAAACAAAGAAAUGUUCAGCUUUCCAUUGGGGAGGAUGCCAAUCAUCCAAUCUGAACUUCUAUCUGGAUUCAGGCGAAUGUGCUGACACUUGUGAACGUCCACCUCGAGAGCUAACACGUUUGUCUAUUUCCUCUUGA